AUGAGCCACCGUUCCCUUGCAACGCUUACGACGGCGAACAGCGCCAGUGUGCUGUGUGGGGUAUUGCUUGUGCUGCCCGUGGCACUUCUUUCGGCCAGCUUUGUGUCCGCCCAGCACAACCAGGCUGACGAGACGUGUGAAACGCUACCGUCGGAGAUACAUCUCAUCAAAGAGGAAUACGACGAGCUGGGGCGGCUGUACCGGACCUGUAACGGCGAUGUCACGGUGAACAAAUGCGAGGGCAAGUGCAACAGUCAGGUGCAACCGUCGGUCAUCACGGCGACCGGUUUCCUGAAGGAGUGCUAUUGCUGCCGGGAGUCGUUCCUCCGCGAACGGCAGCUCCAACUCACGCAUUGCUAUGACCCGGACGGCGUGCGUAUGACCGACCACGAGUCGGCCACGAUGGAGAUCCGGCUGAAAGAACCAGUGGACUGCAAGUGCUUCAAGUGUGGUGAGAUGGUUCGUUAA